CAAAACUAUAGUUUGAUAACAACGGUUUUUGCAAUUAAAAGAAGUUUUUCAAAAAUGAAAAGUUUACAUUUUCUGUUUCUGGCACUUGUUCUACUUGUAGUGGCCCUGGCGGCAAAUGUCCCAACGGGAUGUGUCACGAUCAAGAACCGUCACGAGGGUAGAUUCCUGGCCCAUUCCAUCUCAACCCACGACAAGGAUCGGCGCCACGUGUCGUUCUGCACGGAUCCGCAGCCGUGGACCAUAACGGCUGAGGGGGCCAACUUCAGAAUUAGGAACAACAAGCAUGGCGAGGAGUUGUUCGAGUCACAGCAAAAAUUCAACGGAAAUUACGUGUUUCUUUGGAUUAAAAAGUCGAUCAUAAACGAUGGAGGAGCGUCGUGGAAAAUAACGGACAGUGGCAAUCCAGGGUACUUUCAUAUAAAAAAUGUUAAAUUUCCUCACUGUCUCUAUACGCAAGGAGGUACUGACUGGGUUGCGGCUUAUGAAUCCUGCGAUACCGCCAAAUAUGAAUGGAGAAUUGUAAAGUGCUAUAGUUUACAUUAAAAAGGCAAUAAAUUCGUAGCAAAUAUUUUUUGUUGGCAAAUUUAUUUCUUGAAUAAAAAAAUUUUUCAGCCAAAUUUAUGUUUUCAUGUAAAUUUGGCUGAAAAAAAUUAUUAUUCAAGAAAUAAAUUUGUACAAAACGGCUGGUACAAUUUUUUUUUGAAGUUUCCGGCACCACCGGAAUUUUUUCAUACAUUUCGAAGGUUAUAAAACAAAUUUUUGAAAAUACUAAAAAAUGUCAGAAAGUUACGUUCAGUCCAGACUCGAUUAUCCGAAGCCUCGAUUAUCCGAAAUUUCGAUUAUCCGAAGGUUUGUAUGAGACUUCGGAUAAUAGAAUCACGAAAAAAAAUCGUAUUUUUUUAUUUUCUUUUCUUCGAGUUCGGUGACCCCAUUUUAGGCAAAUUUGAAUGGUUAAUUGCCUGUAAAAUAAAUAAAAAAUGCAUUUUUCAAUAUUUUAUCAUUGCCAUUUCGACCGUUAGCUUAGAUUUAAAAAUUCUAAAUCACUUUAGAGUAGUUUAAGGGUCAUACUAAAGCUCAACAAUCGAAAAUUAGACAACGAAAAAAAGUAUUUUAUUUUCGUGAUUCGAUUAUCCAAAGUUUCGAUUAUCCGAAAUGAAAUCUUACCAAGGCCUUCGGAUAUUUGAGUCUGGACUGUAUUUUCGGAAAAAUACUCAAAAUUUCAGUUUUGACAAUAUGGGUAUUAAAUGAUCGUGAUUUUUCAUACAUUGCGAUAG